AUGUAGGAAAUAAGCAAUGCAAUAAUUGAGUUUUUUGAUUUAGUAAUAGAGAAAUAUAUAAUCCAUUUUGCAAAUCCAAAAAGAGAAUGGACAUAUUUUAAAUCAUUAAUAUAAUCCUCCAACAUUGAUUUAAAUAGAAUCCAAACUUAUCUAAAAGUUUUGAAAAAUAGUACUGAAAAACUAAAUUUUACUAAACCUUAAGAGCUUUUGAAAAGAGAUACUUUUACAAAAUAUGUAUCUCCUUUAAGAGAAGAAAAUUAUACUUCAGAAAAUAAAUUAAAUUUUAGAUCAGAUAAUGGAUAAAUAAAUUAAUAUCUUAGUCCGAGAUCAGAUAAUGGAUAACUCAACCAAUAUCUCAGUCAACCCAGAUAGGACAACAUUGUUAAUUAUUAAGCUUUUAAGAAUAUCACCUAGAAAAUUGUAAAUUUGAUGGAUUCCAAUAAUAUUUAAUUUGCAAUUUCAUAAGGAAGACAUUUAAACUUUGAAAAUAGAAGAACUAAUUUAAAUUAUUUGACAUUGCUAGAUAAAUUUCCUAUACUUGAGUAUUGA